AUGGCACGCUUGAAGAUGCAUCGGCGCUCGUGCGGAACUACUUGCCUGUUGUUCUCCUGUCUGUUUCUCUCGACCCUGCUCUCCCGAGCGCUCAGCAGCAUCUACGAGCGAUCCGCGGUUCCGCGGGCCUCGCCCCGGUUGGUCGCCCGCAUGGACGGCGACGUGAUCAUCGGCGCGCUCUUCUCCGUGCACCAUCAGCCCUCCGCCGAACGGGUCGCCGAGCGGAAGUGCGGCGACGUCCGGGAGCAGUACGGCAUCCAGCGUGUGGAGGCGAUGUUCUACACGCUGGAUCGCAUCAACUCCGACCCCAACCUGCUGCCAAACAUCAGCCUGGGCUGCGAAAUCCGAGACUCCUGCUGGCACUCGUCCGUGGCUUUGGAACAGAGCAUCGAAUUCAUCAGGGAUUCUCUCAUAUCCAUCCGGGAAGACAAAGACGGGGCCAAGUGGUGCAUCGACGGGACCCCCUCCAGCCAGCCGCCCCCCACCAAGAAACCCAUCGCGGGCGUCAUCGGCCCGGGUUCCAGCUCCGUGGCCAUCCAGGUUCAGAACCUCCUUCAGCUGUUUAACAUUCCUCAGAUCGCCUAUUCGGCCACCAGCAUAGACCUGAGCGACAAAACCCUCUUCAAGUACUUCUUGCGGGUCGUGCCGUCCGACACGCUUCAAGCACGGGCCAUGCUGGACAUCGUCAAACGUUACAACUGGACUUACGUCUCUGCCGUUCACACGGAGGGUAACUACGGGGAGAGUGGGAUGGAAGCGUUUAAGGAGCUGGCAGCGGAAGAGGGGCUGUGUAUCGCCCACUCCGAUAAGAUCUACAGUAACGCCGGAGAGAAGCACUUCGACCGUCUGCUGAGGAAGCUGCGAGAGAGGCUGCCCAAAGCCCGCGUGGUGGUUUGUUUCUGCGAGGGGAUGACGGUGCGCGGCCUCCUCAUGGCCAUGAGACGCAGGGGAGUUUCCGGAGAGUUCCAGCUGAUCGGCAGUGAUGGGUGGGCAGACAGGGAUGAGGUUGUUGAAGGGUACGAGCAGGAGGCAGAGGGUGGAAUCACCAUGAAACUGCAGACGGAGCAAGUCAAGUCCUUCGACGACUAUUUCCUUAAGCUACGUCUGGACACUAACAAGCGGAAUCCGUGGUUCGCUGAGUUCUGGCAGUACCGUUUCCAGUGCCGCCUGCCCGGGCACCCUCAGGAGAACCUCAAUUACCACAAAAUCUGCACAGGAAACGAGAGUUUGAGGGACAACUACGUCCAGGACAGUAAGAUGGGUUUCGUGAUCAACGCCAUCUACGCCAUGGCUCACGGACUCCACGACAUGCACCGUGAACUUUGCCCCGAUCAUGAGGGUCUCUGCGAGGCUAUGGAUCCCAUCGAUGGCAGCAAACUCCUGGACUACCUCCUCAAGACCUCCUUCUCUGGCGUCUCCGGAGAAGAGGUGUACUUUGACGAGAACGGAGACUCUCCUGGCAGGUAUGACAUAAUGAAUCUACAGUAUGUGGAGGAGCUUGGUAGCUAUGACUACAUAAACGUGGGCUCAUGGCACGAAGGCCUUCUGAGCAUCGACGACUACAAGCUUAUGAUGAACCGCAGUGAGAUGGUGCGCUCUGUCUGCAGCGAACCCUGUUCCAAGGGUCAGAUCAAGGUCAUCCGGAAAGGUGAGGUGAGCUGCUGCUGGAUUUGCACGACCUGUAAGGACAACGAGUACGUGCAAGAUGAGUUCACCUGCAAGGCUUGUGAGCUGGGCUGGUGGCCUGACCAGGACCUGGCAGGUUGUGAGCCUUUGCCUCUCAAAUAUCUGGAGUGGAGCAGCGUGGAGUCCAUCGUGGCCGUAGUCUUCUCCUGCCUCGGCAUCCUGGUAACGCUCUUCGUCACCUUCAUCUUCAUCCAGUAUCGGGACACGCCCGUGGUGAAGUCCUCCAGCCGCGAGCUCUGCUACAUCAUCCUGGCCGGCAUCUUCCUGGGCUACAUUUGUCCCUUUACUCUCAUUGCACGACCCACCGUCAUCUCCUGCUACCUGCAGCGCCUCCUGGUGGGCCUCUCCUCCGCCAUGUGUUACUCCGCCCUGGUGACGAAGACCAAUCGGAUCGCCCGGAUCCUGGCGGGAAGCAAGAAGAAGAUCUGCACGCGCAAGCCGCGUUUCAUGAGCGCCUGGGCCCAGGUGGUCAUCGCCUUCGUCCUCAUCAGCCUCCAGCUGACGCUGGAGAUCACCCUGAUCGUGUUGGAGCCCCCGGAGCCGAUAAAGAGCUACCCCAGCAUCCGGGAGGUCUACCUCAUCUGCAAUACCAGCAACGUAGGCGUGGUGGCGCCACUGGGCUACAACGGCCUGCUCAUCAUGAGCUGCACCUACUACGCCUUCAAGACGCGCAACGUCCCGGCUAACUUCAACGAGGCCAAGUACAUCGCCUUUACCAUGUACACCACCUGCAUCAUCUGGCUGGCCUUCGUGCCCAUCUACUUCGGCUCCAACUACAAGAUCAUCACCACCUCGUUCUCCGUCAGCCUGAGCGUCACCGUGGCGCUGGGCUGCAUGUUCACGCCCAAGAUGUACAUCAUCAUCGCCAAGCCGGAACGCAACGUGCGCAGCGCCUUCACCACCUCGGACGUGGUGCGCAUGCACGUGGGCGACGGCAAGGCCGCCUGCCGCAGCAACAGCAUCCUCAACAUGUUCCGCAGGAAGAAGAACAACAACAACGCCACUGGCAGCACCAAUCCUAAUGGAAAGUCUGUGUCCUGGUCUGAAUCAGGUGCCAGGCCCCAGGGGAAGGGGUCGAGUAUGUUCCACAGACUGUCUGUGCAUGUGAGGAGGCAAGCAGCCGGCCAGAGUCAGACGGCAGUCAUACGACCCCUAACUAACACCUCGUCUUCCCCCGACCCCGAAUACGAACCAGGCCUCGACACAGACCUCCACGGCUCGAACUCCAAAGACAAGUCUCUCUACAACCUCUCCGAGGAAGAGGAAGGGAUAAGACACCCCCGCCGCUCGCUUGGUGUGGCCCAAGAGGCGGGGGAACCUCCCUCUUACUCGCCCUCUCGUCUGCUGGACAGCGCCACUGCCUGUCUGCAGGGCGGUCCGGUGGACACCCUGAGCUCUGACGUUUCGCCGUUUGACAACAUGGGGAUGAAUGUCAGGGUUAGCCCCACCUACCACCCCUUAAGCCAGACCAAUCCGUUACCUCUGCCCCUGCAAGGAGGCGUGUUCUCUGAGGAGGAGGAGGAGGAAGCGUUUCGCCCAAACGAGGGGGCCGAGGCUGAAGCCCUCGAUCUUAUCCACGGCUUCCUGUACGACAGCGCUGUUCCAGAGGAGGAAGAGGAGGAUGAGGAAGGCGCAGAGGAAGAGCUGGCCCAGAGUAAGCUGACUCUGCUCACUCCGCCCUCCCCCUUCAGAGACUCGCUGCGGUCGGGGAUGUCCACGCCCGGCUCCACGGCUUCCGAAACAACCCUGAACCCUGGACAGGAAGUGACCUAUGCCCCCAAACAGAGCUCUUUCACACUGUGA